CAUCCUUAUUGCCUUUGCCUUUGACUAAUUAAGUUGAUUGUUAGUUUCUUGUUAGGUUUGUUUUGUAAAUAUUUGUGUUGUUGAGACUUGAGUUGACCGGUUUAAGUAGUUUAGUAAGGUAGCUGUAGACCUGGCGUGUCUCAAAUAAAAACACUAUGAAAUGAAAAUAAAUUAACAUUUUAAACCUCAAAUCAGGAGUUUGUCAGUAGAAGGUAAAAGUGGUCACUAUGUUUAAACACUAGUAAAGCAAGCCCCAUUGUAAACAUCGUAAAAAAUAUAGGCCUAUGCCUUGCAUAAAUAAUGUAUAAUAAUAAGGUCUAUAAAUGUUUUCACGAGACAAAUAAACACUUUUUUGGUGAGUCCGAAUUGUGUUUAUGGCCAAUAGUGAAUUGUACAUUUUACCCUCUGACUGGAUCUUCAAUAUGACAGAAAAUGCUCCAACUACUACCAUACGUGCUCUCCCAGAUGAAAUAUUACAUCACAUUUUUUCAAACUUAGAUGCAAGAGAACUUAUAACAGUUGUAGUGGAUGUUUGCACCAGAUGGAAAUAUAUUGUUGAAACGGAUUUGUUAUUUUGGAACAACCUCCAAGUAGUUAUUGACUGUGACAGGUUCCUAGACUGGAGUUUUUUUGGACAACCAUUCUUACACUAUCACAAAGACCCAGUUGGUAUCUAUGUAGGUGAGAAAGAUUUGACAAAAGUGUCUAAAGUUCGUUGCAUAAAACUGGAGGGAGGCUCACGAUCUGGUGGCAUUCCAUCACAGAUGAUUUUAUAUAUUUUUAGAAAAAUAAAGAAUGUCUGCAGAGACAUAAUAAAAGUCGAGUGUUCCAAUUGCUUUGGUGCAACAUCAAAAGGUUUCAUAAAUCUUCUAAAUGACAGCUACAAUAUAAGUGAAUUAAAAUUUGGAGUUACAGCUGUGUGGAGAAUACCAUAUGAAGAUAUUUCAAAAUUUCAAAGCCUAACUACCCUAAUUACAAAUGACUAUGGAUUCAAAAGGACAGAUCUUUCAUUGAUAGCUAAUGGUUGUGAUAAACUUGAAAGUUUGUGGAUAUUGUUUUCUAGAGCAAUAAAAAAUGAUGACAUCAUUUGCUUUUUGGAAUCAAAGAAGGAAACCAUAAAGGAACUAGGGAUUGGGUUCAGUGUAACAGACAUUACAUUAGCUAAAAUUAAAGAGUGUCAAAAGUUAAAUGUAUUAUUUAUCAGUGAUGCAAGAUGUAUCUCUGUGGAAGGUGUAAUAUGUUUAACAGAUUUACCUAAUCUUAAGUACAUUUCACUUCAUAGAUUAAAAAUUUUUCCUGAACAUUUAAAAGAUUGGGUCUUAUCAUCAACUAUACCCAAACAACUUACUCUACUUGAUCUAAGUGACUACUAUUUUGUAGAACCUCUCCAAAUUCAUCACAUAAUAACAAAGACAUGUCCAGUCACAUACAAUAAUAAUGUUCGGGAAGCCAUUGCUCAUUCCUACAAAAAGCCAGUCAAGCCAUGGAUACAUUGGAUGUAUAGAAAUGUGUUUUCAUGAUUAUUUUUAGUACCUGAUGUAUAAUGACAAAUUAUGAGAAGGCAAUACCUAGCAGAGGAGAGAAAAGUUGUGACAAAAGUUUGGUUUGUUAACAUAACUACUUUUAUUUUUUCCUUUUUUUACUAACCUUCCCUAUAACGAGGAUUAAAAUUAAUAAACUUAGAUAAAGGUAAUUGUAUUAAAUUUAUUAAACUACAGUUUUACUUUUUAUGAA